CACAACAUUUCUUAUUCAAACAACAUUUGUGUGAUCAAACAUCAAUUAAAAAAAAUAAAAAUCUAAUCAUAUCAAAUGGCAAAUCAAGGGAGCAAGAUGAGUUUUUUCGCGAUUAUGUUUGCGAUGAUCUGUUCUGGAGUUGUUGCUCAAUCGAGCAACGAUUGCACGAACGUGUUGAUUAGUAUGUCACCUUGCUUGAACUAUAUUACUGGCAAUUCCUCUGUUCCAACUUCAGGUUGUUGCACUCAACUUGCCACUGUGGUUAACAACAAUCCAAGUUGUUUGUGUCAAGUCCUAAAUGGUGGUGCUUCUAAUUUGGGGCUAAAUAUUAACCAAACUCAGGCCUUGGCACUUCCUACUGCUUGUAAUGUUCAAACUCCACCUCUUAGCCAAUGCAAUGCUGAUUCACCAAUUGGCUCUCCAACAGGAACACCAACUUCUGAUGGUUCAGGACGUGGAUCUAACAGAGUUCCAUCACCACAAGAUGGUUCAAAUGAAGCAACUUCAACUAAAAUGGCAGCUCCUCUGUUCUUCUUCCUUCUCUUCGUUGCUUCAACAUUCACCUCGGCCUGAGAUUUUCAGCUACGACUUUCAUGAAUAACGGAAUUACUAUGUUGAUAGAUUCAUACUCGUGUAUCGAUUACCAGCUAUAUUUGUUUUAUUUCAUAUGAUCUACAGUCAUUUUCUUGACGGAGAUUAUUGUAUUUUCUUAUUCUUUAGUUACAUGAUUUAAUAAACUUUUGUAUUGUAUUUGGUA